GCGGAGCCUCCGCUGCCGAGCCGCCGGGUGAGGCGACGGCCGCGACCACGACGACGACGACGAUGUGGUUCAUGUACGCGCUGAGCUGGCUCGCGCUCCUCAUCCAGGCCGCCUUCGUCACCCUCGGCAUCGCGGCUGGCUUGUACUACUUGGCGGAGAUGAUAGAAGAGUACACAGUAGUCACUAGCAGAAUCAUCAAGUACAUGAUUUGGUUCUCCACAGCUGUGCUGGUCGGACUGUACCUCUUCGAACACUUCCCAGCCCUCAUGGUUGGUGUGGGCCUCUUCACCAACCUCGUCUAUUUUGGAUUACUACAGACGUUCCCCUUCAUUAUGCUGACCUCUCCAAACUUCAUACUGUCCUGCGUGCUGGUUGUGCUGAAUCACUACUUAGCUUUCCAGUAUUUUGCAGAAGAGUACUAUCCGUUCUCAGAGGUCCUUGCCUACUUCACCUUCUGCCUGUGGCUAAUCCCCUUCGCGUUCUUUGUUUCCUUGUCAGCUGGGGAAAAUGUGCUGCCUUCCACAGUGCAGCCUGGAGACGACGUGGUGUCGAACUACUUCACCAAAGGGAAGCGGGGGAAGCGCUCCGGCAUCCUGGUCAUCUUUUCGUUCGUCAAGGAAGCCAUCCUGCCAAGCCGCCAGAAGAUGUAUUGAUCCCCGCCCCUCCAUGUCUUCUGUUCUCCCGUGAACACUCUCAUCCAAACGGAGCGUGAGGUUCCGGCGCCUCGGCGUUCACCUCUCCCUUACGACUGUCCAAAAGGACACGUUUGGGACAUGCUGGGCAAGAAACAACAGGCGUUGAUCGCCCACGCUCUGGGAAGGUGCCCUUUGGACCACUCUGGCUUUGCUAGUCCGCUUGUGAGGUGGGUGUGGCCAAGGAAGGCGAUGGCCUUCUGGAACUUUGGAUCCUGCCUCGGCUGCACUUUGGAUGGAGCCCGAUGCUGAGCUGCCAUCCAUUGUUCCUAUUGAAAGCCAAAACAUUUCCACAAAAGGUGCUUCAUUCAUGGAUGUGUCUUCCUUGGUAUGAAGUGUUCAAGGCUGAAUGGGGGUUUUACGCAGAUUUACGAUCAAGGCACAAAGACCUUCCUGCCGCUAGAAUUUUUCCAGUGUGUCUCUGUAGAAAGCGAGGGAGACUGGACUUCCAUAAGGCACUUGUAAAAUAUGUACCUGACGUGGUGGAGAGAUGGACAGAGGGUCUGGCUCCUGCCUCCAUUUUGGGUGACAAAUCUGGGAUCUGCAUUCGUGUUAAUCGAUACUGGCCUCGAGGAUCAGGAAGUAGGAAUCCCUUCUACUCCCAUUUUCACCAGGCUUCUCCUUCUCAGGAUGAUUCAGGCCUCUGUAGACUUUUUAAAAUUGGGCGAUCUAGAGAUGAUUAUUUGCACAGAUUUUCUAGAUUUCCACUGUUCCUUCAGCAUUUGAGUUGUAUAAAUGAAAAGCCCUGUUCAAAAAGGAAGAUUGCAGGCAUAUAUCCCUCUCUUGCAAAGGUUUCACUAACUUGGACCUGGCUGUGAUGAGUGAAAAUCAAGGAGCACAAGUACCAGAGAAUAGUGGGGGAAGAACAGUUCGUUUGCAAAGAAAUAACAAGGUGCCGGAACGGGAAGGGCUUUUUUUUAGCAGCUGGUUCGUCUGAUUGCGGGCGGCUCCCGCCUCCGUGUUCUGGAUUGCCUUAUGAAAGGUUCCACCAGGCAAUGAGAAGGGUCAGAGCCACUUCAGCUGCUGAAAGGAAGGCAGUUGCUACACACCACGGUGCAGAUGCUGACAAGAUCAUUUUGUUCUCUCUCUGAAAUUGAAUGGAAGUUUGCUUUCUGUAUCAGCACACAAUCCGUGUUAAUAAAGGUGUUAGGUAAAAAUUUGCCUUAAAAGCAA